GCUGAGGCUGCUCGCAUGCGUCCCCGGUCCGCAGCCCCCAUGGCGGCUCCUGGCACCUUCCUCGUGCCUGUCCUCCUCCUCCUCCUCUGUGGGCCGGGUCCCUACCCUGCUGCUGCCGACAGCCACCCAGGAGUGAUGUGUGUCCUCUUCAAUGAGGAGUACAUGAACUGCACGUGGGGGAACAAAGAGAUGCCCACAGUCAACUACUCCCUCUUCUACUGGUACAAGAACACGUCUGACAAGGAGGUGGAGUGCAAGCACUACCUGCACCACCAGGGUGUCAGGGUCGGCUGCCACUUCAAGCAGGACGAGCUCAUCCAGUUCCAGCCUUUCCACGUUCUCAUCAAUGCCAGCGUCGGUGGCAAGACCCUGGAGAUCCCCAGCGAGCGCAUGGAGCUGCAGGACCUGGGUACAGAGUGGUGGGGACCCUCUCCUCUGCAGGGCUGUGGGUUCUCAGAGCUGCCCUGUGAGCUCCCAGCUGGCAGCAGGGCCCUGGCCAUGGGGCCAGCCCUCAGUGGGCAUUGCCUGUCCCUUGCAGUGAAACCAGAGGCGCCUGUCAACCUGACCAUCCACAACAUGAGCAACAAUCAGCUGCAGCUGACCUGGGCCUCCCCGUACCCCAGAAACAAGUGCCUGGAGCACGCUGUCAAGUACAAGAGCAACAAGGACACCAGCUGGACGGAGCUCUCAGUGAAUGGAGAUGUCUUCUCCUUGCCCAGCGUGGACUAUGAGAAGUCCUACACCUUCUAUGUGCGCAGCAAAAUCAACAAAUUCUGUGGCAGAACCCAGUUCUGGAGCGAGUGGAGCGUUCCUGUCAUCUGGGGCAGCAACUCCACCAGCAAGGGCACGGUGGAGGAACAGCUGUACUGGUUUGGGAUCCGCACGGUCUUGGUGCCCAUUGCCUCCUGCGUGCUGCUGCUGGUCCUUGUCAUCCUGCUGGUGCGCAUGGAAAGGGUAUGGGUCAUCCUGAUGCCCCGAAUUCCCAACCCCAGCAAGAAUUUUGAUGAGCUGUUCAUCACCCACAACGGCAAUUUCCAGGAAUGGACUGGAGUCCCCAAAGAUGUUGUGGAGAGCUUCAAGCCCAACUACAGCGAGAACAUCUGCUAUGUGACUGAGCUGCCACCCAAGGACAGCCACGAGCCCCUCUGGGACAGCAGCAACCACGCACCACCUCCAAUGCCUGGGCCCCCAGCCGCCCCCAGUGAGCACAGCCCCUACCAGAACAGCUAUGGGAGGCUGUGACACGCUCCUGCACCCCUGCAUGCCCCAUUCUCCACAGCUUUGCUGCCCAAACCUUACUGCUUCUCAGGCCCUGCUCCUGCCAUGCCUCUGCCAAAUGCUCUGGAUCCCGGUGCUGCUUCCUGCCAAGUGCCCUCCCUGCUCCGAGGUGCCCACAAGCACAGCCAGGGAUGUGUCCUGCUGAGUGGGCAGCUGCAGCUGAGCAGGCAGGGGCCACUACCCAACUGAUGGGGACACACAGGAUGAGGAGUCCCAGGGGGCCCAAGUGUGGAAAAAUAAGGAAAGAUAGGCAAGAGAGAUUGUAAACAUGCUCAAGUGCCUUGCAGCUGAUGUAGGAAAAACACAUAUACCAUACUCAUGUUGUUUAGCUUCGUGUAUCCAGUAAGUAGAACUUGUGUGUUUAGAUAACACAGGCCUGUGAUAGACUUAGUGGCACCUUAUUUAACAUGCUUGAGAUUCCUGGCCUGCUGUGGGAAAGAUCAAAUCACAGUAGUAAACCACAACUGCACAAAUCCUUGAUAAACAGGCAAAAACAGCAGGUUCAGUGAUCCUCCAGGGUGGACCAAGAUCCACAGUGCCUGCAUCCCUGCUUAUGUGCUGCUUGGGGGGGGGUCCUGCAGCUGGUGAGGUAAUGAAAAUAAAUUUCCUCUUUGCCUUUCA